GAUUUUUUAAAAGCGAAACUAUAUAGGAAAAGGAGAUUACACCUGGUGUCACCAUACUGUGUCUGUAAAUUUAAUCUGAAUCUCCGAAUUCCAGUUGCUCAAACAUCAGUUGGUGAAUCAGCGCUUGGAGUUUCAAUAUUGAACUGAGCAGUUUGCCAGUCUCCUAGGUGUACAUUAGCUAACGUUAAGUUCGCAAGCUACUGCUACACUAACGUUAGUUUUUUAUGGCCAUGUCUGCCUCCACAAUCGCUACACCACUUCGAAUUCUCUGCAUCCAUGGAUAUAGGCAAAACAGCGACUCUUUCCGUGACAAGACUGGCGCUCUUAGGAAGCUUUUGAAGAAACAAGUUGAGUGGGUGUAUAUGAAUGCGCCACACAGUGUUUCGCAAAGAAUGGACGUUGUGCAGGAACAGGAACAAAAGGAGUCCAAAGCCGAGGAAGAUUCCAGGGGUUGGUGGUUCUCAGAUGUCCAGGCACGGAGCUUUGAUGCUGGGGAAGUGUGCAAGGCCAGUCUUGGGCUGGAGGAGAGCUUGGAGGCUGUGAAGAAGGCCGUCCAGGAGUUGGGUCCCUUUGAUGGAAUUCUGGGCUUCAGUCAGGGAGCUGCACUUGUGGCCAUGGUGUGUGCGUUACAAGAUUUUAAGUUUCGGUUUGCCAUUUUAGUGGCUGGCUUCAAAAGCAUGUGUUCUGAGCAUGAAAGGUUUUACACUGGCGCAGCCCUCACAAUUCCCUCCCUGCAUGUGUUUGGAGAGAAAGAUGGUGUGAUCCCUGAUAAGCUCAGUAGAGAACUCCUCUCAAGGUUUGAGAACCCCCAAGUCCUGACUCACCCUGGUGGGCAUUUUGUACCAGCAACGUCUGCACAUAGACAGACUUACCAGGAAUUCCUCAAGAGAUUCCAGGGCUAGUGAGGGAGUGAGAUAAAUCUCUGAUGCAUUGGGAAUGGUCAGAACACUGCCCUUCACAGACAGAUUGAAUCAUAACCUGAUUUAACUCAACACACUGAUCCAGAAAUGACUCAAAUAGCUAACACUUGUAGGAUUUGCUGAGAAUUAUUCAGAAUGCCAUUACACAUUAUGCCUAGGCAAGCAGUCCAGAGCUAGAACAGUCUGCUACUGGUACACAAUGGCAAAACCUAACUUUUCUUAGUUAUAUGAUAAUGAUAUACUCAGGGAUGAACUUGUACACCUAUAUAUACUUUUUUUUAUUUUUAUGACACGCCCCCACAAAUUUAGCUAAAUGGAAAUAACCUAAUUUUACACUGGAGUAGACCAAGAUGACUCAUUGUCUAGGAUUUUCAUGGUAAUCACAUCAGAUAGACAUGUAGAAACAUGGAUUCAUAAACUAUGGCUCCAUCUGUAUCUGACAUAGAGCACAUGGUGUAUUUCUGUUGGGAUUUCCAUUAUCUGAUUGAUUGCAGUGUAAUGUUCUUUCUCAGUGCUGGUCUAUAACGGAUGCUGGAGUGAUCCAAAUCAUUUCUAUUGCUUUAGCCAAUAGGAAAACAUUUAUACAAAUACAGUUGGUCUGCUAUAAAGCGGAGUCAGUCUGCUUAAAUGUUAACAUACCUAGGUCAACAGACUUUUGUUCCAAAUGUGAUCCACGUAUUACAGUUUUUAUUUGCCAGUGUCAUGUUAUUUGAAUACACUUCUGAAUGUGCCAUUUCUGAUAUUUAUUUCUGAAAUACAUCAGCUGUUUCCCAUCAAGCUGUAAACACAGAAUGAUUUGCUUAUGUAAACACAUUUAUGAAAGAUCUCUUUAUUAAAUAUGUACAUAAAUAUGAUAAA